CACUCCUUAGACAAUUUUAGGUUAAGCAAAAAGAAAUAAACAAAAACAAAUAAUCAUACAUAGGAAAUCAAAAAUAAAUUGUAUAUAAAUUUAUCACCGUUUAUUAAAAGUAAAAAAUAACACUUGUUACUUGUUUUAUUAAUUUUAAAGUCAUAUUUAUAAACAUGGAGUACAUUGAGAAAACCGCAAAGGAUUAUAAGAAAUGCUGUGAUGUAGAUAUGGAUUCAAAGUUGAACCUAUUAAAUAAGUCUAUUGACGAAAUGUUGACGAGAUUAGAAGAAUUCCAGACAAUGAUGUCAUUUGUGGAACAGGACAGAAAAGAUUACAAUGAUAUUUUAACUUCAGUUCCAAAUUACAAAGAUGAAUUUGAUACCUUAUGCAAUAGAAUAGAUACAGUGGAUAAAUUGACUAGUCAUAUUAAAUCUAACUUAGAUGUAUUGGAAUCUGAAAUCGAAAAAGCAGAAAGUAGUUUAGGAUGUAGCGAGAAAACAACUAAAGUUACUCAAAUUUUUACACCAUUGUUUAAGAAAAAUGUAGAUAAGAAGCAAUCAACACAGGGUUCUGAACUGUUUAAAACUGAAGAUUAUUUUGAUUAGCAUAGUGUAUUUUAAAAUUUUCUAUAUUUGUGUACACUAAGUAAAAUAUUUUUAUAUAAUAAUAUAUUGUUAAAAUUAUUACAAAAAUAAAAGUAUAAAAUUUAAA